AUGUUCAAGAAUUUGUUAAUUCAAUCAAUAGAAUGUAGAGAGAAAAAUUAUUUAGCAUCAUGCGCAAAAAAAGAAAAGUUUCCAUUUUUUAAAAGUAGAAUUUACAAUAAUGAAAAUAUAUUAGUACAUAAUAAUAAGUAUAAUUUAUGUAUAAAUAGUAAAUAUGGAAAAUACAAAAGAACGAAUAUAUAUUUGAUGAAUUAUAAAGGAUUUAUAAGUGUUGUAGAUAAAUAUGUGGAUUAUAAAAAAGAGUCACCUUCUGAAGAAGAAAAAGAUUGUAAGGAGGGAAAAAUAAAUAUAAAGAAUAAUAUGAACUCUAUAGAGAAAAUAUUAGAUGAAACAAAUUCUAUGAUAUAUAUAAAUGAUAUUUGUUUAAAAAUGGAUCAAAAUUUAUUGAAGUGUCAAAAUUAUGAGGAUGUCCUUUCUAUUCUUAUUACACAUAGAGGUGCCUUAUUUUUACAAAAUUUGAUUACUGCAAUUCGUAUGUUGAGUGGAUUUGUAAUUGAACAAAAGAAGGAGAAUUUAGAAAAGGAUAAAUUGAAUAUCGUAAUUGAUUAUAGUAAAAAAUAUACUAAGGAAGAGAAUGAGAUAGAAAAAAAUAUAACAUAUGACAUUUCUGAUUAUAAGGAUAACCAUAUGGUUGACAAUAAUAAUAAUGAAGAUAUAUCAUAUAAUAAUAAUAAAGAUAUAUCAUAUAAUAAUAAUCAUGAUAUGUCAUUAAAUAAUAAUAAUGAUACAUCAUUAAAUAAUAAUCAUGAUACAUCAUUAAAUAAUAAUCAUGAUAUAUCAUUAAAUAAUUAUCAUGAUAUACCUUACAACUACACAGGUAUUGAAAAGAUAGAAAAUAAUCUAAUUGAAAGAUAUAAAAACAUAUUUGAUAUAUUAAAUAAUAAAGUUUUAGUAGAAAGUGAAAUGGAUACACAAGGAAAGAAAAGGAAACUUGAAGAUAUUAUUGUACUAGAUGAACGAUUUCAUCUUCUCAUUGAUGAUAUUUAUAAAAAUCGGAAACAUUUUGAUGUUUUAUCUAUUUGUCAUAUUUUGAUAUCUUUAAAAGAGUUAAAUUAUAAACAUUUCCUUUUAUUUAAUUCUUUUGUUAACCCCUUAAAAAAUUUUGAUAUAUAUAUUAAAGAACAAUUUUCAAAUAAUCAAAAUUUUUCUUUUAUCUGUUCAACCAUACAAUUAUUGCUUGAAUGUUUUAAUACAUAUAUAUGGGCAGGGUAUUAUAAUUUAAAUAUAUAUAACAAAUUAAUGAACUCAAUUUUGUUAAAUAAAUUUAUAUAUAUAAAUAAAAAUACAAUAUAUACACAACAUUAUGACCAGCUAAAAAAUUACACAUAUAUGAACUAUGAAUAUAAUAUAAAUUAUCCAAUGGCAAUAAAAGACGUGUUACAUUUUUUUGAUAUAAAUGAAGACUUUUAUUAUAUUGGACAUGUAAAAAAAAAUAAUGAUAAUGAAUAUGAUUCUAUAAAUGAAUUAUAUACCUGUGAUAAAAAUCAAAGUGAAGAAAAUAAAAAUAAUAUGAAUAAUAUAAUAUAUCAGAAUAAUUAUGAGAAAGCAAUAGGUUUGAAUAAAUAUAAUAUUGAUAAUGAUAUAAAUAAUGAUAUAAAUAAUGGUGAUAUAAUAAAUAAAAAAGAGAAUGCUUUAAAUAUGGAUUAUAUAAAAGGAUCGAAAUCAAUAUUUUACAGCUUGUGCCCUAUAUUUUUAAGUCUUGAAUUAUUUUUGAAAAGUAUAGAAAUAUACAAAAGCAUUUAUGUAUAUAAUUCUUUAUUUUUUAUGAUUGCUGAAAAGAUGGUUUAUUAUUACACUCAAUAUUUAAGUCCAUCAUGCAUAAGUAUGAUAUGUGAAGCAUUUUCUAGACAUCGGAUUUUCAGCAUAGAACAUGAUAGACUUUUUUGUCAUAUAUCAAAAUUAGUUGAAAAUAAUUUUGAAAAGUUUUCUUUAGAACACUUAUAUAUCAUUUUAUCUUCAUUUAAAAAAAUGAACCUCUUUUUCGAAAAAUGUAUUAUUUUAGUAUGUAAAAAGUUUAAGAAACAUUUUUCCUCAUGUUAUAUAAGAAGACAAGAAUCUAUAUUAUCAUUAAAUGAAAUAUCAAUUUUAAUGGAGAGUAUAACCUUUUUUAAUUUUCAAAAUAAAUAUAUUGAUGAGUUUAUUGUUUCAUGUGUAAAUUAUUUAGAAGAUUAUAUAGAUGACAUUGAAGAAGAAACCUCUAUAAAUAUUUCGUACGCAUUAAUAUUAUCUAAUAUGGUAGAUAUUAAUCCAUACUUCUUUUCAUUUAUAUGGAGAAAAAUAGGAAAAACACCUUACUGGGAAAAACGAAAAGCUCAAAUUUGUUUAUUAUGGUUAUCACAUAUGAUACAAUUUAAAUGGUUAGAAUAUGAUUUACCAAAAUUUUGUGUUUUAGAAUGUUUAAAAGUUUUUUAUUUAAAAAGAAAAGAAAAGAAAUUUUCCAAUUCAAAAAUUAUUCAAAACAUAUCUAAAAUAUUAAACAAUAUGAAUAUUGAACAUGAUAUAUAUGUAGAUAUAUAUGGUCCAUAUAUAUUAGAUAUUUUAAUAAAAAAUACAAGAAAUGUCUUAAUGCUUACACAAGAUACCACAAGAAAUGAAAUAAAUAAAGAUUUAGGUGACAUCAAAAUUAUUUUAAAUCAUUUAAAAUUAUUUGGAUAUAAAGCAAAACCUAUUAAUACCAAAUAUUUUGAUUCUCUCUCUGAUGAAAUGAAAGAAAAUUAUAUUAAGGAUAUCUUAAUGAAUUUUUAG